GAAACAUUUCGAAAUGAACACAGGAAAAAUGUGAAGAAUGAAGUUACAUUUGUUAUGCAACUACUAUUGGUCUCUCUUGAAUAAGCACGAGCUUCCCAGAACGAAACACAAGUUCGCAUUAAAGUUCCAGUUGCGUGUCCACACUCGACACUUUACAGACCUUGGAAGCGACCACCCACUUCCUAGCUCAUCACAUCUCUACUAUUAUGCGUGUUUAAUGAAUCCGCUGAAUUUAUGGAAAACAUGGGAAAACAACGCUAUUACACAGGCUGAAAAGGCUGUAUAAAAGUAUUCAUGACUGACUCACUCAGCUGUGAAGGAGAUUUGAGGAGAAAUGUCUAGACGCAGUUGGAUCCAGGUCACUUUUUCCAAGAGAGAAUGUGUGAAAUUUCUGCCAGCUUCACGUGAUCAUCACAGGUGUUAUCCAGUGUGUCAAGUGUGCCAAAGCUUAGUAAGAUGUUGCUGUGGGAGGCUGAUCGCGGAGCAUGUGGGUCUGCACUCUGGCUUGCUGGGACAUGGCCCUGGUCCUGAUGAGGAGGAGUGGUCAGUGCUGCAACACACCAGCGUCAGCCCCACUGAUGCUUUUGGAUCACUGGACUUCCAGGGCAGCACAAAGCGCACAUGUCGUGCCAAGUAUGUGCGUCUUUCCUGUGACACUCCACCAGAGCUCCUGGUCCAACUGAUGCUGAGAGAAUGGCACAUGGAGAUGCCCAAGUUGGUGAUCUCGGUGCAUGGAGGGACAGACAACUUCCCUCUGUCUCCACGGGUGUGCCAGGCUUUCAGCACAGGGCUCAUCACAGCUGCAGAGAGCACUGGAGCGUGGAUACUGACUGACGGGAUCAAUACGGGUGUGUCUAAGUAUGUUGGUGAUGCUGUAAAAGUGUAUGGGUCACAUGACCACAGGAAGAGGAAUGUUGUCGGGAUCACACCCUGGGGCAUUAUUGAGAAUAACAGUGACCUUAUUGGCCGGGAUGUUUUGAGGCACUACCAGGCUCUAGGUAAUCCUUUGAGUAAACGUGCCAGCCUGAACGGCAUUCAUUCACACUUCCUGUUAGUUGAUGAUGGGACCAUGGGUAAAUCAGGUUGUCAAAUAGACUUGAGGAAAAGGCUAGAAAGGCAUAUACACUUUCAGAAAAUCCACCCUAGGCUGCCUCAGCAUGUGCCUUUAGUGUGUGUUGUAGUAGAAGGGGGUCCUGCCAUCCUCUCAGUGGUGCUGGAAUAUGUGCGCAGAAGUUCUCCUGUGCCAGUGCUGGUGUUUGAGGGAACAGGCAGAGCUGCAGACCUGCUGGCUUUAAUACACAAACAAACAGCUGUAGAAAGAAAUUUGGACUCAGAUAUUAAGGAGGAUGUCCUGCUGAGGAUUCAGGAAAUGUUUGUUGUGGACAGACAAGAGGCCUCUGAACUUCUCAGCAUACUCACGGAAUGCAUGGAAUAUAGAGAGCUUAUCACCAUUUUUGACUCUGAAUCUGAGGACCUUCAAGAGGCAGAUGUUGCGAUCCUGACUACAUCACUGAGAGGUACCAGAGCUUCCCCUGAGGAGCAGCUAAACAUCACAUUGGCCUGGGACAGAGCUGAUGUGGCAAAGGACAACAUUGUGGUGUACGGACAACAAUGGAAGGUGGGAUCUCUGGAGCAGACCAUGUUGGAUGCAUUGGUAAUGGAUCGUGUCAGUUUUGUGAAGCUGCUGAUUGAGAACGGCAUGACCAUGAGCCGCUUCUUGACCAUUUCUCGUCUGGAACAGCUCUACAACACCCAUAAAGGAUCCUCAGAUCAUUUUCUUCGACACAUCAUCGAGGAUGCCAAACAGACUCGUCUGCCUGCUGUUUAUAGGAUAUCUUUAAUCGACGUUGGAAUGGUGAUUGAAUACCUAAUUGGUGGAGCUUAUCGAAGCACAUAUACACGCAAGAGCUUCAGAGCCAUGUACAGUCGCUUCCAUAACCCAGCUAAGGAGGGUGGUAAGGAGAGAUCCAGCCCUUUCAGUAAAGCCAGGAAAACAGCUCCAACUCCAGAGACCUCCCCAUCUCACUCCCAUUUCCACAGAACUGCUCGGCCGUGCAGACACCAGGAGGGUGUGGUAGUGCAUCAGGACUUCAAGUCAACCCCGAGCCCCGAGUUUGUACGCACGUUUAACGACCUAUUUGUGUGGGCAGUGCUCAAGCAUCGGCAAGAGAUGGCGAUGUUCCUAUGGCAGCAUGGAGAGCAGGCUAUGGCCAGGGCGGUUGUGGCCUGCAAGCUUUACCGUGCUAUGGCAGUGGAAGCCAGAGAGAGUAAUAUGGGUGACAGCAUGGCAGAGGAGCUGAAGAAGAACUCUCUAGAGUUUGGACAGUUGGCUGUGGAUCUCUUGGAUCAGGCUUUCAGAAAGAAUGAACGCAUGGCGAUGAAGCUGCUGACCUGGGAGAUGAAGGACUGGAGUAACUUCACCUGUCUGCAAAUGGCCGUCUCCUCAAGACUCAGGCCCUUUGUGGCUCACAACUGCACUCAGAUGCUCCUCACAGACCUGUGGAUGGGCCGGCUCAACUUGAGCAAGAACUCCUGGUUCAAGAUUAUUGCCAGUAUCCUGAUGCCUGUGGCCAUUCAGAUGCUAGAGUUUAAGAGUCAGGCAGAGAUGUCCCAUGUUCCUCAGCCCCAGGAAGCUUUGCAGUUUGGGUGGGACCCAGGAAGCCCUGGGGCAUCCGAGCAAGAAGGGGCAGCAAAUGCAAUUCAAGGUGAUGAGGAGAGAGGGAGCAAGUGUCUUUGUUCUUGGACCAGAAAGGUGUAUGACUUCUAUACGGCUCCAGUGGUGAAAUUCUGGUUUCACACAAUGGCGUUUUUGGGUUUCCUCAUGAUGUUCUCUUAUACUGUGCUGGUGAGGCUGGAUGAGAAACCCAACAUUCAGGAGUACUUGGUCAUAACUUACAUCCUGACCAUGGCAGCGGAGAAAGCUCGAGAGGUGUUGGUUUUGGAGCCCAGGAAGUUCACUAAGAAGUUGAAGGUGUGGUUCAGUGAGUAUUGGAAUAUCAAUGAUUUCAUGGGCAUCCUCCUGUUCCUGGUCGGGGUCUCCCUACGGUGGCAUCAAGAAACACGCUUAGCCAGUCACAUUGUCUACUCUUUGGAUUUCAUCUUCUGGUCUGUCAGGCUUCUGGACCUUUUUGCUGUCAAUCAGCAUGCAGGACCAUACCUGACCAUGAUCACCAAAAUGAUGAGCAACAUGUUCUAUAUCGUAGUCAUUAUGGCGAUUGUGCUGGUCAGUUUUGGCACGUCCAGGAAGUCCAUCCUGUCCCCUAAUGAGGAUCCAUCCUGGAAUCUGCUCAGAGAUGUAGUCUUUCAGCCCUACUGGAUGAUCUUUGGGGAGGUGUAUGCUGGAGAGAUUGAUGCAUGUAGUAAUCCUGAAACCUGUGUCCCUGGAGCUUUCCUCACCCCCUUCCUGCAGGCCGUCUACCUUUUUGUUCAGUACAUUAUCAUGGUCAAUGUACUCAUUGCAUUCUUCAACAAUGUUUACUUUGACAUGAGCUCCAUAUCCCGUAAGCUGUGGAAAUACAACCGCUAUCGUUACAUCAUGACAUAUCAGGAGAAGCCGUGGCUGCCGCCCCCUCUCAUCCUUCUCAGUCAUGUAACAUUGUGUCUCAGCUCAAUGUGGCAAAAGCACAGAAAGGCAUCCAAACGGGGAAAAACUGGUCUGAAAUUACUCCUGGCCCCUAAUGAUCUGAAGAAGUUGCAUGAGUUUGAAGAAAAGUGUGUCGCUGGAUAUUUCAGAGACAAAAAGGAGAGUCAACAAGGCAGUCAAAUCAACCGGAUUCGCUCUGCAGCUGACAAGGCUGAAGAGAUGGCUGGAAUAUUAGUUGAGGUUGCUGAGAAGAUCAGUAUCAUCCAGGACAAUAUGCGCACUUUAGACGGUCACUUGGGUCAGUUGCAGGACUUGUCUGCUUUAGCAGUCGACACUCUAAAUUUCCUCUCAGCCACAGAUAACCAGCAGCAAGAGGUGGCGCGUCUUGGUCAGAGCCAGCCAAUUGCGUGUCGCCAUGAGCAAGUGUCCCAUAGCUGCUGUCUCCGCAUUGGCGGAAGUCUCGCUCCCAGCCAAGCACUUACAUCUCCGAAGCACUACCGCAGUAUGCCACCUUCCUUACUCAGAGGCCUGGGGCCUGGCAGGCAGCGUACUUCCCUGGAGCUGCCACCAGGGACGAGUUUUGGACCCUUUGAGGUCAAGAGCAAAUGCAUGUUGGCAGGCCCAGAGGAAGAAGAUUGUAGUUUCAGGUGGCCCCUACAGCGUGGCGAUUCAAGAGAAGAUGUAUGCCACCUCUCUUUACCUCACCUAUGCGCUGGAUGGAGGGACAAGGGAAUGUAUGGAUCUGGGGAACCAUCACGUGCCAGUUCUCCCACCAUGCCUCUGAUGAGAGACUUACAGCUUCAACCCAGCCAUGAGGAGUCUAUGGAGGAAGAGGAUGAUGAGGACGACUCGCAUGCAUUGUCCAGAUCCUCCAGCCAUACAUUCCUGCUUACAGAUUCCCGCAGUGAUGGGGAUCGAUCAGUGGGGAUCAGAAACCCAGCAUUCUACAGGCUUGAUGAUGCUGGACAUUCCAAAAGACCUCAAGGACUUUUAGGCAGGAAAUGGGCCUUUGAUCUGGAGCAGAGCCGCUCGCUCUCGGCCAGCGUGGAGACUAUGGCCAUGCCUGAUGCCUCGACAUCAGAGCACGGCAGACAGACACUUCUGGAACCUCCCCAACUCAGCCAUGACCAGAGAGGGUUAUCUAAGAUCUUUAAGAGACAAGGGUCAUUUGGGAAAAAGUUCAUAAAGACCAGAGCAGGAACCCCUGAGAAUGUAAAACUAGAUGAAACACGGGGAUGCAUGCACGAGUUUGACCAACGCAGAAAAAUGAGGAGGAAAGUAAAAGGCCUGUUUGACCGGAGAUUCAGAACCUCAGUCAGUCUAACCCAGCUGAAUGUUGACCAAGUGGAUUUCACAAAAUUGGCCCCAUCAUGGCUGAACACUGUGACCCCCGGGCAGCCACUUCUAAGCAGCUGGGCCAGGUCUAUCAGUCAAAGACCCUCGGUAAGCAGCAUGACACAAGAAGUAAAGAGCUCUACGUUUAAGUUGACUGAAGAUUUAGGCCAACAUUACUCAUCAAUGGAGAGGAACAACCUUAUGAGAUUGGCUCACUCUAUACCAUUCACCCCUGUGUCAUUAUUGGGUGGUGUUGAGGUCUGUAUUUAUAGACUUGAGGAGACAGAAGCAGGGUCUUCACUUGAAGAUCAGUCCUCUAAAAUUUCCACCUGGAUUCAGCAUGGACGUACAGCUGUUCUUCAGCCGUUAGCCCACCAGGAGGUGCUGGAUGGGGGUCUGUGCAGGGCCACCAAGGUGGUGUGUACCUGGGCUGAGGGCGAUGUGUUGAAGCUGGGAUCAGUGUAUGUGGUGAAAGCCUUCAGGCCAGAGGUGGUUCGCAUCUGGCAGAAAGUGUUCCCAAUCAGCACUUCACUUCAUCUCUGUCUGCGGGAAAUCCAACAACAGAGAGCAGCACAGAAACUCAUGCAGCGAUUCAACCAAAUUAAACCCAGCAGUGUGCCCUACAUUCCUAGGUUUCUGGAUGUCUUCUUGCUGCACUGGCGCUCUGACGGCCAGUGGUUGACUGUUGAGAAGAACAUGAGCGGUCAUUUCAGGAAAUACAACAAUAAUACAGGGGAGGAGAUCUCGCCCUCCUCUGGUCUGGAAGAAGCAAUACUAGCGUUCUCUCACUGGACAUACGAGUACACCAACAGGGAACUGCUAGUGUUGGAUCUACAAGGUGUGGGAGUGGACCUCACAGACCCCUCACUGAUCAGAGUUGAUGAUAAAAGCUCCUCUGGAGAGAUGGUGUUUGGACCUGCCAAUUUGGGUGAUGAUGCAAUCCAGAGCUUUGUUCUCAAGCACACCUGCAACUCCUGCUGCAAGAAGCUCGGUCUCUCAGAUUUGAGGAGUUGCGGCAGCCAAAGGAAAUCUGUUCCUGCCUUUUGAUGAGAUGAGCAGCGCAGUUUAACCUCUAACCUGGAAGUAGACUCAGUUUCCAGGGAGCUCGUCUUGUUCACAUCCUAUUUGGAGUUUUUACUGACUGAAUAUAUAUAAAAAUAGUAAAGCGCUGCUCAAGGUGACAGAACAUUUACUUUUACUUUUGUGUUGCUCAUAGCUGAUGCUUUUUUUCCACGAUAAACAAUAUAAGUUGAUAAGGGAAGUCCGUUUUCUAUUUCAAUUUUUUUAUUCUUUUAAUACUUCAUUUGUGUACCUAUACUAAUGGUGUAAACAUUGUUCAACAUAUAUUUUUAUGUUUGAAAAGAAAUAAAUAAAAAUAUAAUAGAAUGUGAGGCCUUCAAACUCCUCAUGAGAGCAAAAUCCAAUUUAGUAUUUUUGUCUUCAAGUCUGGUCUGUUUUCAAGUAGGAAAAACUAAACAUCCUAAAAAAGAUUCAUUUAUUUUAAUUGUUUUUGUAAUAUGAUAAGAGAAUGUAUCUUGAAGCAUGUUCUUCUUACUUCACUGGCAAAAGUCUUAUCCAAUUCUGCUGCCAAAGUCAAUUUAUUUCAUAACAUUACUGUGUAAGAUAAGACUUGUUCUCAGAAAAAAAAAAAAAAAAGAUUUUCAUCCAGUUUUUAAAAUUAUUUAAGCAUAAAUCUAAACAAAUGUAGUGAGGUUUAUUUUUACAAUUAGAACACUUGCAAAAGGGUUAAACUAUUCUCUGAUCUUACACACUUUUGUUUCUAAAAUAAAUUUACCUUGUUUUAAGGAAGUUUCAAUAUUUUUACUGGAAUACAACACUGAUUAAUAAUAAAAUGAAAUGAAGACAAGAUUGCAUCCAUAAAAUUUUCUUUAU